UUGGUCUUGUUGUACGAAAGCAGAGCCUUUUCUUUUUUCUUUCUGCCACUCUCCAAAAACUCUAAGUUCACUCCUUUGAGCCUGAAAUAGCGAGAAAUUCCUUCGAAGUUUAACGCACAUUGCUCUUCAGAGUCUGUAAAAACAGUGGUGAUCACUGAUUUUAAAGCUAUGCGCAUAGAAGAUUUAGGGGUUUAGGGUUCUUCGUUUCUCAAAGCAUUCAACACACACUUUCAAAUAGUUUGUUCCAAUGGGGGCGUCAGCAGAUGCUAAAGCAAAUAGAGCUGAUAUCGAUUUAGAUGUAGAUGAUGAUGUCUGUGAUGAGGUUCUCAGUGUGCAACAGCUGGGAGAAGAGUUUUUGAGGGGUUUCUGUAAACAAGCGGCCGUGUCUUUCUUCAAAGAGUAUGGCCUCAUCAGUCAUCAGCUCAACUCUUACAAUGCUUUCAUCAAAUAUGGUCUGCAGAACACCUUUGAUUCUUUUGGAGAGUUCCUUAUUCAUUCUGGGUAUGACCCGUCGAAGAAAGGAGAAGGUGACUGGCGUCAUGCUAGAGUGAGGUUUGGGAAGGUCACUGUUGAGCGGCCAACCUUUUGGGCUGUUUCUGGAGGCAAUGAGCUCAACAUGCUUCCUAGGCAUGCACGCCUUCAGAACAUGACGUAUUCCUCCAGGAUGAAGGUUAAUGUUGACCUUCAGGUAUACACGGCAAAAAGUGUUAAGAGUGACAAGUUUAAAACUGGAAGAGAAGAGUUUGUUGAGGAGGAGGUUGUGUAUCAAGAUAACAGGGAUAUUAUAAUUGGGAGGAUCCCUGUGAUGGUGAGGUCUGACCUAUGCUGGAUGAAUGAAGUUGAAAAAGCUGAUUGUGAUUUUGAUCAUGGAGGCUAUUUUCUGAUCAAGGGUACAGAAAAGAUAUUCAUUGCACAAGAGCAAAUUUCUAUGAAGAGACUCUGGAUUUCAAAUAGCCAGGGUUGGACAAUUGCUUACAGGUCGGAGGUGAAGAGAAACAGAUUAAUUAUUAGACUAGUGGAGAAUUCUAAAGUUGAAUAUAUCAAGGGGGGAGAGAAAGUCCUCACUGUUUAUUUCUUGUCAACGGAGAUCCCUGUAUGGGUUUUGUUUUUUGCCCUUGGUGUAUCAUCAGACAAAGAAGUUGUAAAUCUGAUUGAUUAUGAAAGCAAUGAUUCUAGUAUAACAAACAUACUGUUUGCCUCAAUUCGUAAUGCUGAUGGGAAAUGUUAUAAAUUUUGUCAAGGAAGAAAUGCUAUUGAUUAUGUAGGCAAGUUAGUCAAAGAUACCAGAUUUCCACCUGAAGAAGGUAUUGAAGAGUGCCUUAGCACAUAUCUGUUUCCCACUCUGCGUAGUUUCAAGCAAAAAGCUCGCUUCCUAGGGUACAUGGUAAAGUGUCUCUUGCAGGCCUACACUGGUCGCCUAAAAUGUGAUAAUAGAGAUGAUUUUAGGAACAAGAGGCUAGAGUUAGCAGGUGAGCUGCUUGAGCGUGAACUGAAAGUUCACAUUGCCCAUGCCAGGAGGCGUAUGGCUAAGACUCUGCAGAGAGAUCUUUAUGCAGAUCGUAAUGUUCGUCCUAUUGAGCACUAUCUUGAUGCGUCUAUAGUUACAAAUGGACUUUCAAGAGCAUUUUCUACUGGAGCCUGGUCUCAUCCUUAUAAAAGGAUGGAAAGGAUUUCAGGAGUUGUGGCAAAUCUUGGACGAGCAAAUCCAUUGCAGACAAUGGUUGAUUUGAGGAAAACACGUCAACAGGUUCAGUACACUGGGAAGGUUGGAGAUGCAAGAUACCCACACCCUUCUCACUGGGGAAAAGUUUGCUUCCUCUCCACUCCAGAUGGUGAAAAUUGUGGGCUUGUAAAAAAUCUGGCCACCACAGGACUUGUGAGUACAAACAUAAUGGAAUCCAUAGUUGACAAGUUGUUUGAUUCCGGAAUGGAGGAACUGGUUAAUGAUACUUGUAGCUCACUUGAUGGGAAAGAUAAAGUCUUUUUAAAUGGGGAAUGGGUUGGGGUUUGUGAAGAUUCCCUUUCGUUUGCUGCUGAGGUUAGAAGAAAGCGACGCAGUAAAGAAUUUCCGCAUCAGGUGGAAAUCAAAAGAGAUGAACAUAAAGGAGAAGUGCGCAUCUUUUCUGAUGGUGGAAGGAUUCUGCGUCCUCUUUUAGUUGUUGACAACUUAAACAGAACAAAAGCAUUUAAGGGGGAAAAUUACACCUUCCAGGCUCUUUUAGAAGGAGGGAUAAUUGAGCUUGUUGGAACUGAAGAAGAAGAGGACUGUCGAACUGCAUGGAGUAUUAAGUAUCUUUUAACAGAUGUUGAGGGGAAGCAGCCUGUUAAGUAUACUCAUUGUGAGCUUGACAUGUCAUUUCUUUUGGGUUUAAGCUGUGGGAUCAUUCCAUUUGCAAAUCAUGAUCAUGCAAGGAGAGUCCUCUAUCAGGCACAGAAGCAUUCUCAACAGGCCAUUGGGUUUUCUACAACAAACCCCAACAUUAGAGUUGAUACUUUGUCACACCAAUUAUAUUACCCCCAAAGGCCACUGUUUCGUACAAUGACAUCUGAUUGUCUUGGAAAACUGGGACAUCCUCUGGGUCAGAAGGGAGUGCUACCGAAGCCAGAAUUAUACAAUGGCCAGAAUGCUAUUGUGGCGGUCAAUGUUCAUCUUGGAUACAACCAAGAGGAUUCCUUGGUAAUGAACCGAGCCUCUUUAGAGCGUGGAAUGUUCCGUUCUGAACACGUAAGAAGUUACAAAGCAGAAGUUGAUAACAAGGAAAUUCAGGAUAAGAGGCGGAAGUCUGAAGAUAUUGUAAAUUUUGGAAAAAUACAAAGUAAGAUUGGACGUGUGGACAGCCUUGAUGAUGAUGGUUUUCCUUAUGUUGGUGCUAACCUGCAGUGUGGUGACAUUGUCAUUGGGAGGUGUGCAGAGUCAGGAGCUGAUCAUAGUAUAAAACUGAAGCACACUGAAAGAGGCAUGGUUCAGAAAGUUGUGUUAUCUUCCAAUGAUGAUGGGAAAAAUUAUGCUGUGGUAUCUCUGAGACAGGUUCGUUCUCCCUGUCUUGGAGACAAAUUUUCAAGCAUGCAUGGGCAAAAGGGUGUUCUUGGUUUUCUGGAGUCUCAAGAGAAUUUUCCUUUCACAACUCAAGGAAUAGUUCCUGAUAUUGUAAUUAACCCACAUGCAUUCCCUUCACGACAAACUCCAGGUCAACUCUUGGAGGCUGCUUUGGGAAAGGGGAUUGCCUGUGGUGGGUCAAUGAAAUAUGCCACCCCUUUCUCCACUAUUUCUGUAGAUGCCAUCACAGAACAGCUUCACAGGGCUGGAUUUUCAAGAUGGGGAAAUGAGAGAGUUUACAAUGGUCGAACUGGUGAGAUGGUUCGUUCACUCAUAUUUAUGGGUCCAACAUUCUACCAGCGUCUGAUCCACAUGGCUGAAGACAAAGUGAAAUUUCGUAACACUGGACCUGUACACCCGCUUACAAGGCAGCCAGUUGCUGACCGGAAACGUUAUGGUGGGAUCAAAUUUGGUGAGAUGGAGCGUGACUGUCUCAUUGCUCACGGUGCAUCAGCCAACUUGCACGAGCGUCUCGUCACACUCAGUGAUUCCUCCCAGAUGCAUGUUUGCCGCAACUGUAAAAAUGUUGCAAAUGUGAUUGAACGGGCAGUACCAGGUGGUCGAAAGAUCAGGGGUCCCUACUGCCGGGGUUGCCAGUCGGUGGAUGACAUUGUCAGGGUAAAUGUUCCUUAUGGUGCCAAGUUAUUGUGCCAGGAGCUAUUUAGUAUGGGUAUUAAUCUGAAAUUUGAAACCCAGCUUUGUUGAGUUUACAUGGAUUCAUCUUUUGCUGCCAAACUCUUAUGGAAACUUUAUUACUUUAGGUGUAAUACUUGGAUAUGCUCCAAUGAUUCUGUAAAUAUCAGUUCUAAGUUUUUGCAAAGGUUAACUUCAGUAUA